CCUACGCUCCUCGGUACAACCGGCCCGGUACAAUAUUCGAGAGACUUCGAGAAACCACCGUGAGUCUAAGAUCCUACAUGUUCUCUAUGUUUCUUCAACAUUCUCGAACGCAAUGCAAUCACAUAUAAAACGGUGACCAGGUCAAGGCCAAAAUCACUCAAGAUUCAAACUCAUCACAAACAUCAUGUCUAUCACACGCCAGAUUUUCAACGAAUUCCGCCCUCUCUUCCGAAUGUUGGAAGAACCUUUGACUCGCUCACCUGCUCUACGGUACAGCUCUAUCUUCAAUGAUCCUUUCUUCAAUGGACCUUCUCUCGCCCGACCGGCAGUGGACGUUUCUGAAGAAGGGAAUAAAUACAUAAUUGAAGCAGAGUUGCCCGGAGUGCCAAAGGAAAACGUAGAUGUCCGUGUUGGAGACCAUGGACAUAGUGUGACCAUUGAAGGAAAGGUCACCAGUAGGCGCGGCGGGCCUGCUAUAACUUCAACUUCCGAAAACGGAAACGCUAGCGACGCAGAACCUGCAACUAAUUCAUCAGCAGACACGACGAAUGCCGUCGCUAAUCAAAUGGAAUCAAGCAACCACAUUUCCGUCGAACGUCAGCUCGUCAAUAAUUCUUCAUUCACGCGAACCGUCUGGCUCCCUCGGCCGGUAGACGGCAGCAAUGUUUCUGCUCAGCUGAAGGACGGAGUUCUUACACUAACUCUGCCCAAGUCUGUAGACGAGGGCUCCGUAAAAAUAACUGUUGAUUGAACGAAUAUGCGGAGAGUGAUAGCCCCCAUAUUGGGUCUAUCGACCGUUCGAUCUAUAUCCAUCUCCUUGGAACGGACACUGUACUUGU